AGUCUCUCAUCUUUCCUAGAUGUUUCAUGGAACAAUCAGAGAAGAGUUAAUCAGUCAUGAAGAAUGGAGUCAUUACAAUGAAAACAUAAUAGAAGAUCAAAAAGAUUUUGUCUUUAUGAAGUUCAGUGGGCUUCACUUAAAAUCUAUGGAAAGUUUUCAAACUUGUAUAUCUCUUAGAGUAGGCAUCUUCUCAAACAAUUUUAUCACAGAUAUUCAUCCAUUGCAGAGUUGUACCAAAUUAAUCAAACUUGAUCUCCAUGGAAAUCAGAUAAAGCUUCUACCAAAUACUAAAUUUUGGAGUGGAUUGAAGAACCUGAAACUCCUCUAUCUUCAUGACAAUGGAUUUUCAAAGUUAAAAAAUAUAUGCGUAUUAUCUGCUUGUUCAAACCUCAUUGCUCUCACUAUGUUUGAUUGUCCAGUAAGUCUUAAAAAAGGAUAUAGACAUGUUCUUGUUAACAGCGUGUGGUCUCUGAAGGCGCUGGAUUGUCAUGUGAUAUCUGACGAAGAAAUCAUUCAGAGCUGGAAUCUUUCUGAAAGAUUUAAAACAUGUAACCACCGACUUUUCUUUAAUUUCUGCCCUGCUUUAAGAAAGGGAUCAACCUAUGAGGAUGAAAUUAAUAAUAUUAAAUAUAUUAUUUCUAAAAUUAAUAAAAUUCUGGCUCAUAAUUCACCAGUUUUGAUUGUUCAAAGAUGGAUACGUGGUUUCUUGGUUAGAAAAAAAUUGAGCCCCUUUUUUGUGUAUAAAAAACGCGAGGAAAAAAUACUGAGAGACUUUGAGAGCAAAUGGAUUUUCGUCACCAGAGGAUAUGAAGAUAUGUUCCUUAAAGAUAUCUUUUUCAAGUCUGAAACGAAUAUAAAAGGAAAGCUUGCACGUUGGAAACAUAAUAUAUAUCCUCCUGUUGACUUUAAAAGUUAUAGUGAGUACAUAAAACAUGUACCCUCUAUUUUAUAUGAAUUAAAAACCAAAGAUAUUGGCAUGAAACCCAAAAAAUCAAGACAUCUCAUUCAAAAAGGUGAGAAGGAGUCGAAAAAGGAAAUGAAAGAUGAAGAACUGGACACCAGUUUUAGGCUGUCGGUGGUCAAACUGCCCAUAUACACUUCAAGUCCAUUACAGUAUGCUGAAAUAUUCAAAGAGAGAAAAAAAGACUUUUUUCCUGCAUAUGCUCGGUCACGUCUUGUGACUUAUCCCAAACCAAUUAUUAAGAAAGACACAGUGCUGGAGAGGAAGAGAAGGAAAGAGUUUUUAACCACACACAGUCUUGGUAUGAAACUCCAGACCCUGAUGGAUAUUGAUAAAUACUACACAGAACAAAAGAAUGAGAAACUCUAUCAUCAAAAAGCAAUAGCUAUAACCAUGGCACAGAUUGACGAAGAAAGGAAUAGCAUAACUGUUAAAGAAACUUUGAGUAAUAAAAAAUAUGCUGCACAGGAACUAAUUGCAAAACACAAGGAGACCAUUCGGAAUGGUUUACAACAACUUCGGAAGGAUAAAUCAGACUACCUUGAAAAAGUUUUGGAGAGAAGAAUUCUGUUUCUAGAAGAAAACAGUGCGAAGGCCACACAGCGUGCACUAGUUCAAACCUUAAAUAAUGGGCGCACUCUUUUGGCCAAGAGGAUGCGUGCGGUUGACAGAUGGAAGGAGAUGGAAGCUCUCCAGAACAAGAAAACGCUGGCUGUUCAGCAGAAACGAAAAGCAGAUAAAACUCGAAAGAAUUUACUUAAACAAAUGAAGGAAUACAGGGCUAAAAAAAUAUAUAAAGCACACUUGGAAGAACAAUUUGUUAAUAACAUGAUUGCUUUUCAAAAAUCCUGUGAAAGAUCUCAAGAGAUUAAAGCAAAAGUUGCAGCUGUGAAAAGUGGUUUAGCCUGUCCAUUAUCCAGUGAAAUGAGAGAAUGACCCAAUGCCAGAUCACAUCCUACAGUCAUCUUAAAU